GGCGUCAUCACCGGAUGUUGAUACUAGCUUGCAGCAGCUCGAGGCACGGCGCAGACAGGAACAGCUGAAAAAGAACAACAAAGCCACGACGACGGCCGCAUAAACAACAGAUAUUCGUCUAAAACACUCCUCUAAAACCGCUGACAUUAUCGCAGGUAAAGACGUUUUCUGCUUCUAUGAUAUAUUUGCAAAGCUAUGACGUCGUCAUCUUUGACAAACCGAGAAAUGAAGGUUUUGGUCGUUUGUUGUUCAUGUUAGCUCGAGGCUAACGUAACCUUAGCAUCUGUUUAUUUGAUUAAGAGACUAAACCAGAACAUAAUGUCCAAAAACUAAAGGUAAACACAGGAGAUACCCAUCAUGUGUCAGUAAAGCUAGAUUGGUAAAUAUUAAAAGCAGGGUUGGAUAUUUAUUGAAUAAAAAUGCCUUUUUUUUUAGUACCAUUCAAAGUUGAGCUGCCAUCUACAGUCAACAGUCCUCAUGACAAGAGAGUCAGGAACAAAAAGUACUUGUUUUGGUUGGUGUUUGGCUGCUAGUGAGCCAUGACAACAAGGCCAGGUUACAAAAAAGCUCUAAAUAAAACUGCAGAAAUACUUAAUGGGAUUUAUUAUGGCUGUGUACUGCUGUAUUUGGUCAAAGAAUGAGCUGAUACUCCUUGUACUCGCAUUAACCUUAUUGUGGCUCGCAUAUAGCCUGUUUGUUUGUGUACAUACACCUUGGAUAUAGACUUAUAAUGUGUAGUGUGUCUUAGGGCUGGGCGAUAUGGGAAAAAGUUUGUCACGAUAUAUUGUUUUCAUAUCAGUCAAUAUCGAUAUAUAUCACGAUGUUAAAAAUGAAAUUUAACCGUGCUUAUUGAUAGCAUGUCUUUUGCAACACAAUAAGCUUCUGCAUCUGUGAGGUCUUUGUGUCUCUUCGACGUUUUGUCGUAAGGCGUUGCGCUAGAGAAAGUGGACUGAAUGGUCGGCUGUUUUGGCUGCACAGGCGCUAAGAGCCCCUUGCUCUGCUCUGGUUUGUAACCUUUGUAUUGUAACCUUCAGGUAUUCCCCGACCUUGCGAGAACAUGUACUCGAUAUAAUUUGCAGUGCACAGUGCAGUUGCGUGUAUCUGCAGCCAGCAGACCCGGAGCAACUCCCCUUUUCAUUGGCUAUUCAUAUAGUCUACCAAAACAUGGCAGAAUUCUGACUAUCAGAAAGCAUAUUGACCAUGUUUUAUGUUGAUAUUGAGGGAAAUAAAUUUUCUGUAUAUAUCGUUACCGUUUUAUCACCCAGCCCUAGUGUCUUAUUUAUUCAUUUCUGAGUUAAUUCAUUAGAUUUUUGGCUGGUUCUUGUGUGUGUCAUUACUAGAAGCGUCCACACAGGGGUGCAAACUGCUAAAGCAUCUCUGUUGUCUAUAAAUGUGCUGUCUGUAAAUAGCUUAUUUUUCUUUCUUAUCUUGGCUGUAGUUUAUUCACGCACACAGAUUCGACAAUGGGACGCAUCUUUUUGGACCACAUUGGAGGAACACGCCUCUUCUCAUGUGCCAACUGUGACACCAUCCUGACCAACAGGUCUGAGCUCAUCUCAACACGUUUCACAGGAGCCACAGGCAGAGCUUUCCUCUUCAACAAGGUACAGUGACAUUUAUGAUACAUGGCUGUGACUACAGAUGCACCAAUCCAUUUUUUUCCUGAUCCAGUCCGAUACCAAUACCUGGGAUAAAUGUAUCAGCCAAUAUCCGAUACUGAUCCAAUACUACUGUUGAAUGAAUAAACUUUUUACUCAGUGCGUCCUUAGCUUUGCCUAUUUUCGGUGAGAUGCAUUCAUUUUCUAGUCACCUGUGUUAAAAUGUGUGCAUGCCUGUGUUUCAACCCCCCCAGGUGGUAAACCUGCAGUACAGUGAAGUACAGGACAGAGUGAUGCUGACUGGCAGACACAUGGUGAGGGACGUCAGCUGCAAAAACUGCAACAGCAAGCUGGGUUGGAUCUACGAGUUUGCCACCGAGGACAGUCAACGGUACAAGGAAGGACGUGUCAUCCUAGAGAGGGCGCUAGUGAGGGAGAGUGAAGGCUUCGAGGAGCACGUCCCUUCAGAUAACUCAUGAGCUCCUAACUCUGGAUUGUUUGUUCCUCCUCUCCUUCUCCUUUCUCCUUUAACCUCUUGCGCUGCGCACCUCCACAUGCAGACUUAGAGCUCUGUGAAGUUUUAGCUUCACCUGUCAACCCCCUCCCCUAGGCCCUGGCCCAUGACCUCUGCUGAUUAGAAGAUUGGUUUGCUGGCACUAUCCUCGCUGAAUAAGCUUCCCUAAAACACUCUCUGAUUUAUGCGUCACGGGGCACCACUCUUAACCAGCUGGGAGCACAGAUAGGGAUCGUUCCUUCACUUGUUUGAGUGUUUUUUGCACAGUCACACAGAAUUUUUCACAUCUCUGCACAAGGCAUGCGCCACACUUUUUUUCCCUUCAGCGGUGAUUAAACAUAUUUAACAUGCAUGAUAAUAGACAUGUUCACUCUGGUUGUUUCGUUUAUUCAGACUGUGGAGCUGUGAUUGAGCUUACACAUCAUUUCAAAUCAGCGGUCACUCUCUAUAUUGCUUUAAUAGGCCUAUGCUUCUGUGUUGUCAACUUCGUGUCAGUGUAUUUGUCACUGGUGAGCACUGAAUGCAACUAUGACCAUGAUUAUCUGAGCUUUAUCAGUUUCUUGCUAUUAGCUAGUUGUGCAAUGACUGUAAUAGUGUUUAAAAUCUUUGUUCCCAUCCUAAAGAAACCAUAAGAACUGCACAGAUUGAUGUCAUUUUUAAGUAUCGAUUGUUUGACGACAAAGGAGUUUUGUUCUGAUCUGGCUCACGUUUAUGUUGAUAGACAUGACUGGCUCGAAGUGAACACAAACUGUCACGUUUAUGCAGUAUUUAGUGUUGAACUUAUUUGUAAAGUAGACAAUCAUACAGUUUAGCCCAUAGAUGUAAUUCAACUCCAUUGCUAUACAUCUGUUACCAUGGUUUUUGUGCCUGUGUGAAGAGCAACAUGUUGCUAUAGUGACUUAAGAGAGGGAACGUUAACCUUCUAGCCAUGUGUCUCUGGUGUGAAAAAAAAGAGGAAAGUGUGAGAUGUGCUGAAGAUGUACUGUGGCUCCCUGCUGGCAUAAAAACAGGAUAAUGAGGGGAUGGAUUUUAGAGGGCUUGAAAGGAGCAAUCAGAUAGAGACAAAGAUAAAGCCAGCAGCAGACAUCCACUUGCUGAUUACUCUUCAAGAAGUUGUGUGGUAAAAACACGUUGAAAAUAUGUUUGAUUCAAUCCUUAUCUUGACUGUGUGUACUUCAUUAUUUCAAUUUUGUUCAAAGAUGACAGUAUGUUUUUUUUUUUUUUCUGACAACACAAAGCAAAGAAGCUUAAAGGAAGUCUUUAUCCUCUGACUUCGCCUGUGUUUCUACUUGUCAGUGUUGUAUGAAAAUUGAUAUCAAAAUGUCAAAUGGCAAGGGAAAAAAAAAAAAAUCUCAAUCUGUGUGACAUUUGAGGUUAUUUUUGGAGCGGGUCGUUGCAUCAUGGCCCUGGUGAGACUUUGUGCCAUUUCAGAUUGUGCAUGCCUGCAGGCGCAAAACCAGAACAGUCCGGUCCUCAGUGCUGACACUUUAUGCUUUUUGCUCGCCUUUACAAGGUCAUGCAAGACGGUGCAAGAUGUCAGCUCUAUAAAAAAACAAGCUACAUUAACUAUUGAUGGCUACAGCAGGAGACCAUCCAUCCAUACACCAAAGUCAGCAGAGAGUGCAGACUAAGACCGGAUAUUGUAAUUAUUAUUGUUUUUUUUUUUUACCAUUUUAUCGAUGUGUUUUAUUUGCUUUACUCUUAAUGAUCAUUAUUUUAUCAUCUGAAACAUUUAUCGUGUUUCUUGUUUAGAGGUUGAAAAAUAGUUCUUGUAUGGCUGAAUUAAGAUUUGCUUUGAUGUGAUUUCUAAAUAAACAUUUAGUAUUAGUGGGUUAAUUGUCUUAUUUUCUUGUGUUGGAGCGUUUAAACAUGUCAAAUAGUCAGAUUUUUACCAUACAUGUUUUAAUCAAUGUGUAUUUUUGUCUAGAUAAUUCUUGAUUGCCUAAAA